AUGCUCACUGGGUUGAAAUAGCAUCCUUUAUCCACCGUUGGUCAUUCGCUCAGCCGUGUUUGUUUCGUUGUUUCGUUGUUUCGUUGUCUCCUCCCUCGACCUCGAACCACUUAAGAUUUCGAUCUUCUGUCAUUUCAGACCAUUUGCAAGCGUAAAGCACACAAUCACUACUAUGCGCGACUUCCUCCUAGCCUCCGUGGCUACGGCUUCAAUCCUGUUCGCCAGGAAUGUCGAAGCUGUUGCCGCCAACCCACUACCCAAACCUUCCAACAUCACUUGGGGCGAUUCGGGGUGCUUCUCAGUCGGAUCAUUGACCCUGUCAGCACCCGAUCAUGAAGUCUUGCAGCAAGCCUUCGACCGUGCCACCAAUACUAUUACCGAGCUGAAGUGGAUCCCUGCAGCAAUUGAAGCACCAAUCCGCGAGUUUGAACCAUUUCCAACAUCAACCGCUUCCAAGAAGUCCAGGAAGAAGAGGCAAUAUGGCGUACCCCCAACCGGCAACUGCACAGGUCGUCUUACUACUGUCAACGUCGAUAUCACCAACACCCACGCCGCUCUGCAGCACGGUGUUGACGAGUCGUACACAUUGGAAAUCUCCGAAGGAUCUGGCUCUGUUGACAUCUCCGCUGAGACCGUGUACGGCGCACUUCAUGCUUUCACUACUCUCCAGCAGAUCAUCAUCAACGACGGCAAAGGUAACUUGAUUGUUGAGCAGCCCGUGUCCAUCCAGGACGAGCCCCUCUACCCCGUGCGUGGUAUCAUGAUCGAUACCGGCCGCAACUUCAUCUCCAAGAAGAAGAUCUUUGAGCAGAUCGAUGGAAUGGCACUCUCGAAGCUGAACGUCCUGCAUUGGCACAUCAUUGACUCUCAGUCUUGGCCCUUGGAGAUCUCCGCCUACCCCGAAAUGACUGAUGACGCGUACUCGCGUAACGAGGUCUUUUCCCAGGCGACUCUAAAGGAGAUCAUCAGCUAUGCUGCAGCUCGCGCCGUUCGUAUCAUUCCGGAAAUCGACAUGCCCGGCCACGCCAGCUCUGGGUGGGGUCAGAUCGACGAGAGCAUUCUAACAUGCCAGAACAGCUGGUGGUCGAACGAUGACUGGGCGCUACACACUGCCGUUGAGCCGAACCCGGGCCAGCUCGACAUCUUGAACAACAAGACCUACGAGAUCACCGGGAAGGUGUACAAGGAGGUCGCCGACAUCUUCCCUGACAACUGGUUCCACAUUGGUGGUGACGAGCUGUUCCUCAACUGCAACAACUUCAGCUCCCUGGCAACCGAGUUCUUCGCAUCUGGAAAGAGUAUGGGCGACUUGUACCAGUAUUGGGUCGACCACGCCAUCCCCAACUUCCGCAAGCAGGCCAACAAGACCUUCGUCAUGUGGGAAGAUGUUAAGCUCUCCGCAGCCGUUGCUGCUACCGGCGAAGUACCCAAGGACAUUGUCCUGCAGGCCUGGAACAACGGUCUUGCUCACAUCUCCAACCUGACUGAUGCUGGCUACAAAGUCAUUGUCUCUUCAUCCGACUUUGUCUAUCUCGACUGCGGCUACGGUGGCUGGGUAGGCAACGAUCCUCGCUACAACGUCAUGGUCAACCCCAAUGCCACCGACGGGUCUCCUAACUUCAACUGGGGAGCCGGUGGAGGAUCAUGGUGCGCACCGUACAAGACGUGGCAGCGUAUCUACGACUACGACUUCACCUUCAACCUCACGGAUGCACAAAAGUCGCUCGUACAGGGUGUCAUUGCCCCGCUGUGGUCUGAGCAAGUCGAUGAUGUGGUCAUCAGCCAGAAGAUGUGGCCGCGUGCUGCAGCGCUUGCCGAGCUCGUGUGGUCAGGCAAUCGUGAUGAGAACGGCAACAAGAGGACCACGGAGCUGACGCAGCGCAUCCUGAACUUCCGCGAGUACCUCGUUGCCAAUGGUGUUCAGGCAGCUCCUUUGAUGCCGAAGUACUGUCUGCAGCACCCUCACGAGUGCGACUUGUACCAGAACCAGACGGUGCUGCAUGUCCCCACCGCGUAAAAGCUGCCAUGUUGACAAACACUUUCUCGUAUAGUUUUCGCGUAUUCUCUUCUUCUUUUCGGCGGUUACAUGAUGUUUCGAGUGGUAGACUGGAAGUCAGGUACAAAACUGGCGCGUCUUACCAACAGGACAUGGUGACUUUCUGCUAUAUACCCACAACCUUAGCAAAUGAACACGAAAGUGAGCAUACUUUCUCUCCCUUGUGCUAUUCAAGCUCCUGAGACGUGAUGCGAGUGUAGAUUGGGGACCCCAACCGCUCGCUUAGCAUCCAAUGAACAACCGACUUCCCCGCCGUGCCCGG